AUGGACUUGACAGGACUGUCUAUCCUUAAUGCCCGGCCUUCCAGGCUGCCUGGACCAAACCUCCUACACCAUCUGGUGAAGGGGUCGGGCCAAGACGUAGCCCUGGAUUAUAUGAGCAACGGUCGGCAAUCUACAUUGACCUACAACGAGCUUCAUGAAGCCGCAGCGUCCAUUGCGACUCGCAUAACAGCAGCAUCAGGCAAUGCCACUGGACAGUUUGUUGUUCCUGUGCUCAUCCACCAAUCCCCUCUUCUAUACAUUUCACUCUUGGCCAUCUUAAAGUCCGGAGGGGCUUUCUGUCCUCUCAAUAUUGAUGCGCCGCCUGAACGCGUAAAAUUCAUUCUUGACGAUGUCGCAGCAACAGUGGUUUUGACCACGAAAGAACUGGCAUCUGAAAUACCCUACGAUACCGGUGCAACUAUAAUCAUCGUUGAUGAGAAUGAAGAAUCUCAAAGCCCUUCUCGAUCUCCAAGAGUCGAGUUCAAACAUAGAGUCCCCCAGCCAGAUGAUCUAGCCUAUGUUAUGUAUACAUCAGGAUCAACAGGAACUCCCAAAGGCGUGGGAAUUUCGCACGAUGCUGCAACGCAAGCUCUUAUUGCCCACGAUAGACAUAUUCCACCAUUCUCCCGCUUUCUGCAGUUUGCAGCGCCGACAUUUGAUGUCUCGGUCUUUGAAAUAUUCUUCCCAUUCUUUCGAGGUGCUACUCUGGUGAGUAUUCGACGGGCUGAGAUGUUAGACGACCUUCCUGGCAUGCUACGCGCUAUGAGAGUGGAUGCCUGUGAACUCACACCAACAGUUGCUGGAAGCCUGUUGCGCCGAAGAAAAAAUGCGCCAGACCUUAAGUUGCUUUUGACAAUUGGAGAAAUGCUCAACGCCCCAGUAGUUGAGGAAUUUGGAGGGGACAAUGAAAGACCGAGCAUGCUCUGGGCAAUGUAUGGUCCAACUGAAGCCACAAUCCACUGUACUCUUCAAACUGCAUUCUCGUCUGAUUCCUCCACGGGCAAUAUUGGCGUACCCCUUGAUACAGUAUCGUGCUUCAUUAUCGAGAUUCCAGAGUCAGAUAGCCACGAGUUUGAAAUUAAAAUUCUUCCCCAAGGAGAGGUUGGAGAGUUAGCUGUGGGUGGCUACCAGUUAGCUGCUGGCUACAUCAAUAGACGGGAGCAAACAAAUUCAGUUUUCCUUGAUUCACCGUUUGGGCGCAUCUAUCGUACGGGGGACAAAGCGCGUUUACUUCCAAAUGGAAAACUUGAAUGCUUCGGUCGAUUAUCAGAUGGUCAAGUGAAGCUCAGGGGACAACGUUUGGAGUUGGGGGAAGUAGAGCAGGCCGUCCUUCGAACCUCAGGAUGUCACAGCACUGUGGCAGCGAUAGUACAAUCUAUCCUGAUAGUGUUCUGUGCCGUCGACGAAGGAGUGACAGAAUUUGCUAUUUUGAAGCAUUGCAAAGACUGGCUACCGCAGUACAUGGUUCCUGGAGAAGUUGUCUUGAUGACAGAAUUUCCAAGAUUACCCAGUGGCAAGGUUGAUCGGAAGAGGCUUAAAGCAGAGUACGAACAACGCAAAGCUGACAUGUCAGAGAGCAUCUUGGACUCCGCGCCGGUCGACACAAUGGAAUCAGGGCUUCUGGCAGUUGUGUCUCAGAGUUUGAAUUUCAAAGUCGAUAAGUCGACCUCUCUCGCCUUGGUUGGAAUGGAUUCCCUCAAAGCAAUCAAGUUAGCCUCUGCUCUUCGGGCUUCUGGGCUUGGAAUAGACUCAACUGCUCUUAUCACAAUGAAAACUACGUCUGAAAUUAUUUCUGCUAUCCGAAGGCAGCCGCAACGCGAUAUAGACAAUUCCCAACAACCGUCAACAGAUCUUUCAUUGGAUUUUGAGGAUAUUGUACGACAAGACGCCAACUUGGCUCAAAUUCGUGGCUCAGUCGAGGACGUCAUACCAUGCACGCCUCUUCAAGCAGCUAUGCUGGCCGAGACUGCACGGAACCCAACAACUUAUUGCAACGAGCUUGAGCUUAGUAUUCCACUAGGUUAUGGCAUCGAUCGUAUAUCGGAGACCUUCAGAGAACUUUCACAGCAGAAUGCAAUUCUGCGUGCGGGGUUUGCAGCUGCAAAGGGCAACUUCGUUAUGAUUUUCCAGCGGGAACUCCGACCCGAACAGAUCUGCGUUGUCGACCAGCUUCAGAAACAACUGUGCCUCUCCUCAACACAAGACUUCAUAUCUCCCUUGAUACUCCAGAUCCAGCGAAGUCCAGUAGAGGAUAGGGUCCAUGUUCUCUUGCAACUGCAUCAUUCUCUAUAUGAUGGAUGGUCCAUGGACAUUCUUCUUUCUGAUUGGUCCAAACUACUCCUGCGACAACAAGUAUCUCAGCAUCCUUCAUUCAAGGAAGUUGUCAGAAUUUAUCAUGACAUGCAAACAGGCGAUGCCACCCGAGUAUUCUGGACGGAACAUCUCGCAGGAUGGAAACGAUCGCCAUUGCCCAAGCUACACAGUAAGGUGAUGUGCUCAAACCGAAGCCUAUCAAUCAGGAGGCGAUUAUCCCUGUCUCGAAGUAGGAUUGAUACAGGAAUGCAGAGGCUUGGCUGCAGCCCUCAAGUGAUAUUCCAGGCCUCACUAGCUCUGCUGUGGUCAGGGAUCACAGGAAUACGUGAUAUCACGAUUGGCUCAGUAACUUCCGGGAGGACGAUUCCUUUAGCAGGCAUUGAGCAAGUGAUUGGGCCAUGCAUUGCCUCCCUCCCUGUUCGAGUCGAUCUAGACAACGUAUCAGUAUGUCUCGACCUGCUCAAUAGCAUCCACUCAAGUAACAGAGGAAUUAUGCAACAUUGUACACUUUCAUUGUCAGAGCUCAAAAAGCUGGUCGCGUUACAGCCCGGCGAAACCAUCUACGAUGUGCUUUUCGUAUACCAGCAAUCUCUCGCCAGCUCGGAGCGGACGCAGAACGUUGUGAGAGAGACGAGUCAUCUGGACCGACUAGAGACACCGAUUGUGUUUGAAGUUGAGCCAAGAGAAGAUGGAUUUGAGCUCCAAGUUACAUAUCAAGAGGACUUCGUGCCACCAGAGACGGUAGAACAUAUGGUGAAUCAGCUUGAGUUAUUGGUUAUCUCCAUGCUGGAGAACCCUACCACCAAGGUCAAAACGACACUGAAGGAGAUCAGCUGUAGCCCGUCCAUUCACAACAUCCGGCCUGCCAUGCCGCAGAAAACCCCCGACUUAGCGCGACUUUUUGAAGAAGUUGUGCUUCAAAGUCCGGAUUCGGAUGCUCUAUUCUUUGCUCAUUCUUUAGACGGUGGCCACCAGACGAAAUGGACAUUCCAAGAGCUCAACGCAGUGGCAAAUCGCAUCGCGAGACAUCUACAUCGCAGCCGUGUCAGGGUUGGCGAAGUAGUGGCUAUUGUGAUGGAAAAGUCACCAACGUUGUACGCGUCGAUCCUGGGCAUCAUCAAGUGUGGUUGUGGAUAUCUCCCCAUUCUUCCUUCAACCCCUCGUGCUCGCAUUAGUGAGAUCCUACAGCAGGCCCAUACUGAGCAUUGCGUUGUCGAUAACAUGUCUCGUGACCAAUGCCCAUCUCUGUCCGAGCUUUCUACGAUAACUGUUGAUAUCAACUCGCUCCAUGACAUAUCCACGGACAAUCUGGACGUUGGAGUUGACGGGACUCGACUAGCGUACGUGAUUUACACGUCGGGCACGACAGGAGUCCCAAAGGGUGUUGCAAUUCAGCAACAUAGUAUUGCGGCAAACAUUGAGCAUCUUGAGGCACUGUAUCCCAAGUGUCUCAAUUCACAGGGUCGUCUUCUGCAAGCAUGCUCUCAAGCAUUCGACGUGUCAGUAUUCGAGAUAUUCUAUACAUGGUGCGCAGGGAUGUGUUUAUGUUCAGGGACAAAUGACACAAUCUUGGAAGACGUCGAGCGCUCAAUACGCGAACUUGGUAUCACCCACCUCAGCAUGACACCAACAGUCGCCAACAUUAUUAACCCUACCAAUGUCCCCGGCGUGGAGUUUCUUGUGACUGCUGGAGAACCCAUGACACAGUCUGUCCAUGAGAGAUGGCAACGCCAGUUGUGGCAGGGAUACGGACCAUCGGAAACCACAAAUAUCUGCACAGUGAAGAAAAUGACAGCAGAUGACCAUAUUGAGCACUUAGGGCACGUGUUUCCUAAUACCUCUGUUGUGGUACUCUCCCCAGAAAGUUCUGACGUAGUGCCCCUCAAUUGGGUCGGCGAGUUCUGUUUUGGAGGUGCCCAGGUCGCUCAGGGUUACCUCAACAUGCCAGAGCUCACAUCCCAAAAGUUCAUUCAACAUCGCGAGUACGGAAGACUUUAUAGAUCUGGAGAUAUGGGUCGCAUGCUUCCUGACGGUUCCCUGCUGAUACUUGGUCGCAUCGAUGAUCAGGUAAAACUAAGAGGCCAGCGAAUUGAAGUUGGUGAGAUCAACAGCACGGUAACCUCGAGCGGUCUGGCAUCCUCAGCUACUACAGUAUUGGUGCAGCGCGGAGAGACUUCCCCUCAGCAACUAUCUCUCUUCUUCGUUCCGAAUCAUGACCCUUCUAGCUUUCAUGUGUUGGAAAUCAACAGCGAAACUCAUCAGUCCCUGCUUGCACGCCUGAAAUUGCGAUUGCCAGGCUACAUGGUCCCCACUUACCUCAUCCCAAUCUCAUCAAUACCCAUGACUUCGAGUGGAAAGAUAGAUAAGCGCCGACUUCAUGACUGCUUUCAUAGCUUGGGUAUGGACUACCUCGAAGAAGCCUCUAGAAUGUCCCUGGACACUCAAGACGAGGGUGAUUGGAGCGAGUCAGAUUUGAAAAUCGCAGAUACCCUUGUCGAGUCUGCGAAUGUAUCCAGGAAUGACUUCGGCAGAUGGACACCCUUUGCUCUUCUCGGAAUAGACUCUAUAUCUGCCAUCGACCUAGCACGCAAUCUCAGCUCAAAACUUGGUUCUCGAGUUGCCGUGUCUGAGAUUCUUCGCAACCCGACAGUUGCACAGUUGGCGAGAUAUCUGGAUGGAAAGAAAUCACACCAAGAGGAAACCACAGUCGAUAGUCUUGAAAGCCUUUUCCCCGCCACCUUCGUUGACUCAAUGAAAAAAGAGUUUGCCAAAGAGGCAAAGGCUAUUAGGGAGAUCUUGCCAUGUACUCCCCUACAGGAGGCGAUGCUUUCUCGCGGCCAAAGGGGUUACUAUAACAAGGUGCUCCUACGCCUGACAACUAGCUCUGGAGCCAUGAGGUCAUACUGGAAAACCAUGUCGUAUAGGCAUGAUAUUCUUCGGACCUGCUUUGCGACGACGACAGAUUCCCGACGUGCCAUUGCUCAGAUAGUACUUGAGAGCUGGGAAAUACCGUGGAAGACGUUCGAUGUGAGCGAAUUGUCCUUCGAUGGGGCGAUUGAACAACAUCUCAAGUCUCUCCCUGAUCCAGUCGAUUCCAGGACACCACCGAUAUCUCUAGCGCUACUGAGAUACCGUGGAUCUGAGUUUCUGUCAUUUAUCUGCCAUCACGCACUCUACGACGGUGUGGCGAUGGAACGACUUCUCAAGGAGGUAGAAGCAUUGGCUGUUGGCGAGGAACUACCGCCGACAGUUCCCUACAGUCAAUUUCUGAGACUGUCCACUCGCUUGCCCGAUGAUGCAGAACAAUUUUGGCAACGGCACUUUGAGAACUACAAACCAUCUGCAAUCUUUCCCCAGACAACCACGAGUGAAGUUGACCAAAGCACCUGUACCACAUCUAUGGAUAUCCCUCUCAGCGAUUUGCAGUUGCGUAUUCGAGAUCUCGGGUCAACCCUCCUUUCGGUUUGCCAGGCAAGCUGGGCCACUGUCCUUGCAGCCGCAUACAGACGUACAGAUGUGUGUUUUGGAAAUGUUGUAAGCGGCCGUACUCUUGACCUCGAUGGCCUUGAAAGACUCGUUGCACCCUGUUUCAAUACGAUCCCUGUGCGUGUUGACUUUCCAGAAGCAUCAAGUAAUUUUGAUCUGGUCAAGCACCUUCAGAAGAUGAACACAGAGCUUAUUGCGUACCAAUUUACUCCCCUGAGGCUUAUCCAGCGUAGCAUCAAUCGCACUGGGAAGCAUAUAUUUGACACGCUUCUACUGCUGCAAAAGCCAUUACAGGACAUUGAUAAGAACGUCUGGACACUCGAAGGAGAUUCUGGAGAUAUGGAUAUCCCACUGGUGUGCGAAAUCGUCCCUUGCCCCGGGCUGAACUCACUAGUUGUCAAUCUUCACAGGGACAUGAGUAUUGUCACUGAGGAAGUUGCCACGGCUAUGGCUGAUAUAUUCAAACUUACAUUGCGAGCGAUUCUGACAGCUCCUCAUGCAAGUUUAUUGAACAAGGAGGAUGUUCCCGAUACCCUCAGGACAAUAAUAGACCAACUCCAACCUCGAAUCGAAAAGGACAACACAGCAGUAACACUUUCGAACAAAAAAGAAGAAUGGAGCGAGCUUGAGUUACAAGUUAGACAUGUCCUGGCCACCCUUUCAGGGGUGAGCGAGCAGCAUAUACAACGCCGCACAACCAUUUUUCAGUUGGGCCUCGACAGCAUCAACGCUGUGCAGGUGGCUUCUGUUCUCCGCCAGCGCGGUUUCGUUGUAUCGGCCUCUGAUGUGAUUGAAUGCCCAAGUUGCUCUAAGAUAGCCGCAAAGCUAUUAGAAAAUUCCUCGAGAGCAGAUGCUGGGUAUGCAUUGAAGUACGAUCUUGACAGAUUUUCGCGACAAGUCCUCACGGAGGUUGUUCAUCAACUACCCAAAUCAGUCAAAGUCGAGACAGUCCUACCAUGCACGCCUGUCCAGUCUGCCAUGCUAGCAUCCUUCAUUCAGUCUGGAGGUGACAACUACCUCAACGCAGUGAGGGCUUGGCAGCUGCUUCAACAACGACAUCCUAUGCUGAGAACUGGCUUUGUCCCCGUGCAACAUGCAGAAUCCUCUUUUGCUAUGGUGAGGUAUGAAGUAGGAUCAAUAGAGACGAAUAUGAACCGCCUGCACUUGGCUGGAGACGGAGAGGCCGACCUCAUCCAGAUGAAGGCUGAUGCCAGUAAAUCGAUGCUAUCUUCGCUGCACCACCCCCCUUGGAGUCUAAUUCUGGCUCAAAAAUCGCAAACCAAUACCAUGAGCCUCAUCAUUCAUCACGCUCUCUACGACGCUCCCGCACUUCACCUGAUGCUUGAUGAACUUUCACAGCUAGUCAAGGGCAAUCAGCUACCCCGUCCUACGACAAUCGAGCCUGCAGUAUCAGCCAUUCUGGGAAUGGCACUGAAUGAAAAAUCCACAGAGAAGGAAUUCUGGGAGGCCAAAGCUAGCAAGAUUGUUGUUAACAAGUUUCCAAUAAUGACACCUUUACGGGUUGAAGAACGACAAGUGCUGGUUGACUCGAUGGUUGGAUCACUGUCAUCCACAAAACUCAGGGCAGCGACUCGAGCCUCAAAUGUCACAAUCCAAGCGGCUAUCCAAGCCGCUUGGACACGAGUACUGGCAUCUUAUUUGGGAGAGGACUCAGUUGUCUUUGGUGUCGCGUUGUCUGGAAGAACCAUUGAUGAGACCAAGGAUGUCGCGUUCCCAUGCCUCAACACAGUGCCUGUUGUGGCAAGAAAUGUUCCAUCCAAUGCUGACCUGGUCAGCUACAUGAUGAGCUAUAAUCAGCACCUUCACAAAUACCAAUUCUCGCCGCUCAGUCAAGUGCAGAAAUGGCUAGGUCACCCUGCAGGCCCCAUAUUUGACACUCUCAUUGCGUACCAGAAGAUGCCAGAUCAUAGCACUUCGUUUGUACCGUGGAAACUGGUCAAUGAAGAAGCCAAAGUCGAGUAUCCAGUCUCAUUGGAGAUUGAACCUACAGACGAUGACCAAAUUCGCUUAAGAACAACAUACUACAGCGACAUCCUUCCCCGUGAACAAGCACAGCUGUUGAUGAAGCAGUUCGACGCUUCACUGACCCAUAUCGCCUGCAAUGCUGCUGGUUUUGAGGACGAAGUGAUGAGAAAUUCUUUAUCCCUGUAUUCGAUACUUCCUGCAUCAGCUCCAGUACUUGACACCACUGUUCAGCUGUUGCACCAAUUUGUCGAGAAGGGAGCAGUUUCUCAUCCGGAAAAAAUUGCUCUCGAGUUUGUAUCUGAGUUCGAGGGAGAUGUAUGUGUCAAGCAACAAUGGAACUAUCGUCAGCUUGAUCAGAUGGGUGAUAAAGUUGCCAAAAUGCUCCAAAAUACUGUCUCUCCGGGCGGCAUUGUUGCUGUACACUUUGACAAAUGCCCAGAGGCAUAUUUCUCAAUCCUGGGCAUUCUAAAAGCUGGAUGCUCGUUUGUCGCACUGGAUCCGUCUGCACCAAGGGCGAGAAAGGAGUUUAUCAUCAAAGAUUCUAAAGCACCUUGCCUGCUCACAAGGUCCUCGAAGGAUCUUGAUUUCGAAGCAAAAACCACAGUCAUGGAAAUAGAGACUCAGGGUUUGAACGACGUGAGCGAAGAGCAUGUCGUUUUAUACCCCAAUAUCUCCCCGUCAGAUACCUGUUAUUGCCUCUAUACAUCUGGGACAACAGGAACGCCAAAGGGCUGUGAGAUCACUCACGAGAAUGCUGUUCAGGCAAUGAUGGCGUUCCAGCAACUCUUCAAGGGCCACUGGGAUGAGGACUCACGUUGGCUUCAGUUCGCUGCUCUCCACUUUGACGUUUCUGUCCUCGAGCAGUAUUGGAGCUGGUCUGUGGGAAUGGCCGUCGUUGCUGCACCCAAAGACCUCAUACUGGAUGACUUGACAGCAGCCAUCAAUAGGCUUGGCAUUACACACAUUGACCUAACUCCAAGUCUUGCGCGGCUCACACAUCCUGAUGAAGUUCCCAGUCUCUGCCGUGGUGUGUUCAUUACAGGCGGCGAACAGCUCAAACAGGAGAUUCUUGAUGUUUGGGGGCCGCGAGCCGUCAUUUACAACGCAUACGGCCCUACCGAGGCCACCAUCGGUGUCACUAUGUUCCAGCGUGUGCCCAAAAAUGGCCGCCCUAGCAACAUCGGAAAGCAGUUCCCCAAUGUCGGUUCAUUUGUGCUCAGACAAAACACUAAUACGCCAGUCUUCCGCGGUGGCGUCGGAGAGCUUUGCGUGUCAGGGAAAUUAGUGGGCAAGGGUUAUCUCAACAGACCUGAACUUACAGCAGAGCGGUUCCCAACACUUGAGGAGUUCAACGAGAGAGUAUACAGGACAGGUGAUCUUGUCCGCGUGCUCCAUGAUGGGUGUUUUGACUUUCUCGGUCGGGCUGACGACCAAGUCAAGCUUCGCGGCCAGCGACUUGAAAUUGCCGAGAUCAAUCAUAUCAUCCGUACUGACGUUAUCGACAUUCACGACGCCGCAACUAUUGUGACUCGCCAUGGAAGCAGUGGAAAGGACGUUCUGGUAACAUUCAUCGUUGACCAGAAGUCUAAAAAAGGCCCCCUUGAGAUUCUGACGGAUCAGGAGGGCCUGGCUGCGCAAGCAAAAGAAGCCUGCCGUGCCAAACUUCCAGGGUACAUGGUACCAACAUAUAUCCUGUCACUUCCAUACAUCCCCCUUUCAUCAAACAACAAGGCAGAAAUCAAGAAUCUGAAAAGACUUUUCAGCGAACUUGCACCAGAGAAGCUCUUGGAGCUUUCUCAUGCCACAACAGCACCUGUUUCACAGGGGGCCCGGAAGAUAGCUGCUCAAUUACUUGAAAGUAUUGCGCAGUUCAGCAACAUGGACAAGCAUGAUCUGUCGUCAUCGACAAGCAUUUUUGACGUUGGCGUGGACUCAAUCACGGCCCUCAGACUUUCCUCCCUCCUCAAAUCCCGAGGCCUCAAAGCAGCAUCCCCUGCUUUGCUGCUUAAAAACCCCAUCAUUGGCGAUCUUGCCAACUCUUUGGCCAAGAAAACCUCAAAUCGACAAGAAAAACUUGUGCAAGAGGUUAAGCAGUCUAUCCAGGCAUAUGGCCAUCGGCACCGUGGCAUGGUCUGCCGCCUUCUUGAUAUCGAACCAGCUGAAGUCGAAUAUGUUGCCCCAUGCUCGCCAUUACAAGAAGGUAUCAUAUCUCGGUCAUUGACCAGCAGCGAGCCCGGCGCUUACUUUAACACUUUUGAGUUGAAGCUCCAUGAGUCUACAUCCAUAAGCAAGUUGAAGAAGGCAUGGGACGAUUUGGUACUAACAGAGAGCAUUCUGAGAACUGUCUUUGUACCCACCCCGAAUGGCUUCUUGCAAGCUGCCGUGCGAAACUCUACCUUGGCCUGGGAAACCUACACUGUACAAUCGGAUGAUCAGAUUCCUGCAUAUUUUGCAGAGCGGAAGAAGUAUUGGAUCCAGCGGAACGAGUCCUGUAUCACACAGCCUUUGCUACUCAUUUAUGUCGAGACACCGACAUCUAGGCUGCUUACGGUUCAUAUUUUUCAUGCACUUUAUGAUGGUAACAGUUUUGAUCUCAUGAUGAAGCGGGUCGCAGCGAAUUAUUCAGGUGUUGACGCACCUGAUGCUCCUCCAUUUCUUGAAACUCUUAGUUAUGGUCCUCUGGCAAAAUAUGAUAAUUGCAGAGGUUUCUGGGAGAAACAACUAGAAGGCUGGACUCCUGUUUCAAUCAAGGCACAUGGGAAUGGUGAACCGGAUGCUGUAGUCGUCGCUGAGCGGGAAAUGUCGACUGCAAGUCUUGAGGCGAUUCGUUCUUCUCAGAAUGUCACGCUCCAGGCUGUUGUGAUGGCGUUAUGGACCUCUGUUCUGCAAAACUUCACCCAGCAGCAGCCUACCUUUGGUAUCGUUGUAUCUGGGCGAGCCAUCGACCUCCCUGGGAUCGAGAACACCAUCGGCCCUCUUUUCAACACCGUGCCUUUCUAUUGUCGAGCAAUCCAUCACGAAAGCUGGCAGUCCCUUGUCCGGCGCUGCCAUGACUUCAAUGCAUCAGUUCUCGAUUUCCAACAUGUUCCUUUGAAGGACAUCCAGAAGUGGUGCUCGAAGGGCAAGGCCUUGUUUCACAGCCUCUUCACCUUCCAGAUCGAGGAAGCCACCGUUGCCAACGAGAGCAGCCUCCCCUUUGAUGUCGUGGACAGUCCAGCAACGCCUGACUACCCUCUUGCACUUGAAGCCGUCCACGGUCAUUCGGGCAAUAUUCGACUUACUCUUGUCGCACAAGGACACAUCGCGUCUUCACAAGUGCUGAAUAGCAUACUUGAUGACAUUGAGGGCUUUGCAAGCCUGGCUGCAAGCUCACCAGACAGCGAGGUGCCCGUCCCGGAAAUCGAGCAAAGCUGCAACCCUGACACCAAUAAUGAACGCACCCCAACCCACGAACCAGGCAAGUUUGAAUGGAGUCAAGAAGCUCAAAUGAUUCGAAAUGAAGUUGCUUUCUUGGCCGAUGCUGCCCCAUCUGACCUUGAUGAAAAUGUGUCGAUCUUAGAACUCGGUCUCGACAGCAUUGAUGUAAUCAAGCUUUCUACCACACUUAGGAGGAAGGGAAUCCAUCUGUCCCCUUCGCAUAUCAUGCGCCACAACACGAUUGCCAAUAUACUGGCUGAGUCAAGCGAUGUUUCUCUCAAAUCGCCAACUUCUACAGAUGAAGCUUCGCUGCUGCAGGUCAAGGCUAGGUUACGCGAAUAUCUUGAGAAUGCCGGUACGGACCUAAGCCGCGUCGAAUCUGUUCUUCCACCCACCCAUCUUCAAGAGUCAAUGGUGGCUGGGAUGAUCCAAUCUGAUUUUGAAUCCUACUUCAAUCAUGACAUCCUCCAAGUGUCCGAUCAUGUUGACACUACGAGACUGAUCGACGCCUGGAAGGAAUUGAUUCAGCGUACACCUAUCCUGCGGACAGGGUUUGUACAAGUAGCUCAGCAGAACCUGGAUAUGACGUAUUGCCAGGUCAUUGCAGAAUCUUUUGACGCCGACAUUGAAGUUACGACAGUUCAGAGUUUGGACGAGCUGCGUCAACUCACCGCAGCAGCAACUGCAAAAGCGAGGGAAGGAGCAGGAUUAAGGCAUCUGGUUCAGCUUAGACUGGCGAGUAUGGGCUCUCAUCGAUACAUGGUCCUUUCCAUGGCACACGCUCUUUACGAUGGAUGGUCCCUGAGUUUGCUCUUCCAGGAUCUCCAGGCGCUAUUGAAAGGAAGGCUGGUUACCCGUUCUCCAGUAGAGCCAUUCCUUAUAAAGGUACUGGGGUCCACGAACCAGAAAUCAAAGGACUUUUGGACACAGUAUCUGGAAGAUGCUUCGCCAUCGAUCAUCCCCACGAGUGAAGCGUGGCCCAGCCCAACUGAGAACACCUUGCGGAGGCUGGAGUCCAUUUCGAAGAUUGGCCUUCCCGAAAUCGAAACCGCCUGCAAAAGGCUUUCUGUAAGUUUACAGGCACUCUGCCAAGCUUGUUGGGCCAUCACACUAGCACGCCAAACCAAGAAGCUCGAUGUCCUCUUUGGCACAGUCUUAUCGGGUCGGGAUUUUGAUGGGGCAGACAAUCUCGUGUUCCCAACGAUGAACACAAUUGCCCUGAGAUGUAUUUUGCACGGCUCAGUGUUCGAGUUUCUACGGUAUCUUGAGGAGAACAUGAUCGAUAUCAGAGACUUCCAGCAAUAUCCACUGCGAAAAGCCCAAUCAGCGACAAAGCUCAACGGACAAGAUUUGUUCAACACCUUGUUCAUCCUUCAAAAGUCUCCGGUAGCUGGAUCAUCAGAUCGCCCACUGUUAACAUCCAUUGAAGCGUCUUCGGCCACCGAGUAUCCCCUUUGCGUGGAAGCUGAAGCCACGUCUGACACCCUCUUAUGGCGACUCGCUCUUCAGCCCCAGUAUGUCUGGGAUGGAGGACCUGAAAGUAUUUUGGAGACUUUAGAAACUGUCAUGGGUUUCCUGAUACAGCCAGGCUCCCCAGAGAUUCUAUCUUUCGAGGAGCAUGGCGUGUCCAUCUGCGGUAUGGCUCCUGUCAUACUGGGCGAUGGAAGCGGUUCCGUGCCCGUUGAUUCUACAGAUCCAACGUCAGAAGAGGAUCGGGAGUGGUCCCAAAAUGAAGCCGAAAUCCGAAGCAUUCUUCACCAGGUCUCCUGUGUUCCCGUUGCCUCAAUCAGGAUAUCCGACAACCUCUACCACCUUGGCCUCGAUUCGAUUAGUGCCAUCAGAGUGUCGUCCCUCCUGCAUAAGAUUGGAAUAAACCUCCGCCCUCAAGAUCUUGUUAAAUCCUCCAGCAUUGCAGAAAUGGCUCGACGCGGCACCCAAGCCCAAGCUAUGCCAUCGGAGACUGUGGAAUUGACCGAAGAAUGGGCCCCACCCGACGACAUCAAUCUUGAAGUUCUACUACGCGCUCAUGGAAUAGCAAAAGAAGAUGCUGAAGUACUUCCUGCAUUGCCAAUGCAAGUCUACAUGCUCGGUGCAUGGCAAAGGGCAGAGGGCUCUGUAUUCUUCCCCGAGUUUCCAUGUCAAAUUAAGACUUCAGUUGAUCUUAACGGCAUUCAGGCUGCAUGGGAUAAACUUGUGUCUGAGGUACCCCUUUUACGCACAUGUUUCAUUCCAACGCGGUCUCCGACCAUCCCAGUUUUGCAGGUUGUGCUCAAAUCCCACAAGCUCUCCUUAACUCAGGACCCCCCAAAAGAGCUGUCAAUUCAGGUUGCCCAACCACUCGUUAGAGCGCGCGUCACGCUCCAAGAAGACUGCAUCUGGUCGUUCAGACUUCAGAUCCACCACGCUCUGUACGAUGGAGUCAGCCUUCCAGCCCUGUUGCGACGGUUAUCUCAGCUACUGCAUGGCUCUGUCGCUGUCGAGAACAAUGGGCUUACUCGGUGGAAGGACUUUACAGUCCGUCAGGCUAGUGAAGCAGCCCAGAAAGAUAGACGAGCUUUCUGGAAAGCCUACUUACACGGCACCUGUUCUAGUUCUAUUGCUGCUGAAUUGCAAGCAGACGUAAAGAACCGGAUUUCUUAUUUGAACGAAUCAGCGAUACCAGAUGUCAGUCAGAUACAGGCUCUUUCUACUCAGUCUGGAAUUUCACUCCAGUCUUGGUUCCUUGCAGCUUAUGCCAAAGUCCUCGCCACGCAAAAUAACACACCGGACAAUGGGUCAGUGGUGUUUGGCAUAUAUCUUGCCAACCGAGCUGCUGCCAGCGAUAGGCUCCCUCAAGUCUACCCGACCUUGAACCUUGUUCCUUUGAGGGUUGACUCGCCCAUAGAACUUCCUUUGUCAUCUGUUGCAAAGAAUAUUCAGAGAGACCUUCACCAGAUUACAUCUGAUGGACGAUCAGACGUCGGUCUCUGGGAGAUCGAUCAAUGGACUGGUGUACAAGUAAAAUCAUUUGUCAACUUCCUGAGCCUCUCCGACGAUACAGGUUCGGUAGAGAACUCGGUCACAGUUUUGCCACAAGAGAUGACUGAUAACUCGUACCACCAUCACGUACCGGCUCAAUUUCAGGCUGCUCGUCAGGAAAGCUUUGCGGUGAAUGGCAUUCCGCUGGCUGUUGAUGUUGAGGCUUCCGUCGAUAAAGGACGUCUUGCCAUUGGUAUUUUCGGCUCACAGCAGCAGAUCUCUCGAGAAGCGGCUGUGCUUGUGGCUUCCAGUAUCACAGACACUUUGAGACAUGCCACCAAAUGA